AUGCCUCACACACCAACCUCACCAAGCCGGCGGGAUUCCUGGCCGCCUACCCAGGUGCGCCUGAUGCCGACGACGCCCAAAGAUUACCCCUCCCUCGACGACAUUGACGAGGAUCCCCUCACCUAUUUUCUCACGCCGGCGCCCGACUUGGAGGAGGACGAGGACAUGAUGGAUUUCGACGCCGGGAUCGAGGACAGCAGCCCCCGCGAGAUUGUCCGCAGCGUCAGCCCGUCAAGCCUCGACGGGUUGGACAAGGCCAAGGGCCGCAAGUCGCCGCCUGUACCCGACCUUUCGGACUUGGCGACGCCAGAGGAGGACGACGAAGAAGACUACAUCCGCUUUGCGCCACAAGGCUUUUGCGUCCCGUUCAGCCUGCGGGACUUCACCAUCGACGGCGUCAAGUCUAAGCGGUCAAAGACGCAUCCGGACGCCCUGUUGUCGCCGAGCCGGGGCCGGACACCGGUGCGUCCCGCCGGGCGGGGCCGCCAGCACAGCGUGUCUUUCCGCCACCGGCAGCAGCACGUCUGGCGCGAGCCCAGCCCGGACGUGUGGUCGAUUGAGGAGGAGACGGAGGAGGAGCUGCUGAGCGAGCUGGGCAGCAGCAUCGGCGCUGUCAGCGACAUGGAGGAGGACGCAGACGUGGGCAAAGACGUAGAGGCUGCAAAGCCAAAGAAGAAGGUCCGGUUUCUGUUGCCCUCCAAGGAGUGA